AUGCUGGCCAAGCCCAACCCUCCCGUGUUGAGACCGCACCGCCCCGGCGAUAUCGGCCACAUCAUCAGCCGACACGCCAUCGUCUACUUCGAAGACUAUGGCUGGGACGAGCGGUUCGAGGCCAUGGUCGCGCGCAUCAUGGCGGACUUCGUCGAUCAAUACAACCCGAAGAUCGAGCGCAGCUGGAUCGCAGAGCGAGACGGGGUGUUCCUCGGCUGUGUCUUUCUUGUCAGCGACAAAGACAUGCCCAAGACGGCGAGGAUCCGAGCGCUGUUGGUCGAGCACACGGCGCGUGGACUGGGCCUCGGCCGGCGGCUGGUGCAGAACUGCAUUGACUUUGCCCGGGAGGCCGGGUACCAGGAUCUGGUCCUCUACACGAACAGCAUCUUGACACCCGCGCGGCAAAUUUACAAGGCGUUUGGGUUCCGAUUGGUGAAGGAGGAAGAUUCGCUCAUCUUUGCGCCUGGGACCCAAGCGGAGACGUGGAAACUGGCUCUGUGA